AUGGAUAGAGACAACCAGACAAUGGUCACAGAAUUCUUUCUCCUGGAACUCUCUGGGAAGUUACAGCAGGAAGAGGUUCUCUUUGGGCUGUUCAUGUGGAUGUACCUGGUCACCAUCAUCGGGAACGUUCUCAUCGUCCUGGCCAUCAGCUGUGACAGCCAUCUCCAUACCCCCAUGUACUUCUUCUUGGCUAGCCUCUCCUGCAUCGACAUCUGCUUUUCCUCAGUCACAACCCCCAAGAUGCUGCUGAAUCACAUGAUGGGAAGCAAGUCUAUCUCUUAUGUGGAAUGCAUGAUCCAGAUCUAUUUCUUCAUCACUUCAAAGGUUGGGUAUGAGAAGGAGGAUGAAGACAUAGGGAAGUCAGUGAACAUAACAGAUGGUACAGACCCGGUCACUCUGUACCCACAUGGUCCCCAUCAAUUCAUCUCAGGGCAGAAGCCAUCAUUCACCAUACAACAAAUUUGCCUUAAAGGGGAAGAGAAUGUUGGCAUCGUGGUGUGA